AUGACGUCAAGGAACCAGUUUCCGGGUCACGGAGGAGAGGAGGAGGCUGUGGCAGGCGUGGACGUACUGCACUGCCAGUGUUCAGCGCUCACUGUGUUCUGCAAGCAGGUUGUGUUGAACGCUGCAUGGCCGUGUCUGCCGUCCAACUGGGAUCGCUGCUGGUUGCUAGGGGGCGGUCCUUGGCACAUAAAUGGAUUCACCUGUGAGAGUCCAGCACCAGCACUUUCUCCGGAUGGGGAGGCUUCGCCUUACCGGGGUAAUUCACCUGACCGCGAGGAGUCGCCGCUGCGUGUCUCUGGGGAGCCAGAAAUUCCAGAGGGGACUGAUGGGGUCAGUGAGGAGCCUCAGGUGAGAGCUGUUUUACCUCCUUAUGAGCCGUAUUCUCCGGGGUCUUCCCGUUCAUCUCGGUCUUUGACCGACAGUCGUGUACAAGUUCGUUUGGCCCGUCUCCGGUUGGUGGCUCAAGAGAAGCCUCGGAAAUCGGAGUUUGAUUUUAAGUUGGCUGUUCGAAAAAUGGAGCUGGAUUGUGAUAAGGAGGUCAGGCUGCGUGAGUUGGAGAUAAAGAUGAGGGAGCUCGCCUCUGUCCAACAGGAGCAGCCGGUUUCCAUGCCAGCUUCCGCGCCCACUGGUUCUGCUGUUCAAUUUAAUGCUGCUACACAAGCGCCUGUUGAACGGUCUACAUCUACCGAACUAUCGAACACCGCUUCAUUUGACUUAACCAACUUCCGCUGCUCCAGCUCAAGCACCAGCAGCUUCCGCUGCUCCAGCCUCAGCUCCAGCUCAAGAACCAGCAGCUUCCGCUGCUCCAGCCUCAGCUCCAGCUCAAGCACCAGCAGCUUCCGCUGCUCCAGCUCAAGCACCAGCAGCUUCCGCUGCUCCAGCCUCAGCUCCAGCUCAAGCACCAGCAGCUUCCGCUGCUCCAGCCUCAGCUCCAGCUCAAGCACCAGCAGCUUCCGCUGCUCCAGCCUCAGCUCCAGCUCAAGCACCAGCAGCUUCCGCUGCUCCAGCUCAAGCACCAGCAGCUUCCGCUGCUCCAGCCUCAGCUCCAGCUCAAGCACCAGCAGCUUCCGCUGCUCCAGCCUCAGCUCCAGCUCAAGCACCAGCAGCUUCCGCUGCUCCAGCCUCAGCUCCAGCUCAACUCAAGCACCAUCAGCUUCCGCUGCUCCAGCCUCAGCUCCAGCACCUGCUGCCUCAGCUCCAGCACCUGCUGCCUCAGCCUCAGCUCCCUCCAGCACCUGCUGCCCCAGCUCCAGCACCUGCUGCCCCAGCUCCAGCACCUGCUGCCCCAGCUCCAGCUCCAGCACCUGCUGCCCCAGCUCCAGCUCCAGCACCUGCUGCCCCAGCUCCAGCUCCAGCACCUGCUGCCCCAGCUCCAGCUCCAGCACCUGCUGCCCCAGCUCCAGCUCCAGCACCUGCUGCCCCAGCUCCAGCUCCAGCACCUGCUGCCCCAGCUCCAGCUCCUGCUGCCCCAGCUCCAGCUCCAGCACCUGCUGCCCCAGCUCCAGCUCCAGCACCUGCUGCCCCAGCUCCAGCUCCAGCACCUGCUGCCCCAGCUCCAGCACCUGCUGCCCCAGCUCCAGCACCUGCUGCCCCAGCUCCAGCACCUGCUGCCCCAGCUCCAGCUCCAGCACCUGCUGCCCCAGCUCCAGCACCUGCUGCCCCAGCUCCAGCUCCAGCACCUGCUGCCCCAGCUCCAGCACCUGCUGCCCCAGCUCCAGCACCUGCUGCCCCAGCUCCAGCUCCAGCACCUGCUGCCCCAGCUCCAGCACCUGCUGCCCCAGCUCCAGCUCCAGCACCUGCUGCUUCAGCUCCAGCACCAGCAGCUCCCGCUGCUUCAGCUCCAGCACCAGCAGCUCCCGCUGCUCCAGCUCCAGCAGCUCCCGCUGCUCCAGCUCCAGCACCAGCAGCUCCCGCUGCUCCAGCUCCAGCACCAGCAGCUCCCGCUGCUCCAGCUCCAGCACCUCCCGCUGCUGCAGCUCCAGCUCCAGCACCAGCAGCUCCCGCUGCUCCAGCACCAGCAGCUCCCGCUGCUCCAGCUCCAGCACCUCCCGCUGCUGCAGCUCCAGCACCAGCAGCUCCCGCUGCUCCAGCUCCAGCACCAGCAGCUCCCGCUGCUCCAGCUCCAGCACCAGCAGCUCCCGCUGCUCCAGCUCCAGCACCAGCAGCUCCCGCUGCUCCAGCUCCAGCACCAGCAGCUCCCGCUGCCCCAGCUCCAGCACCAGCAGCUCCCGCUGCUCCAGCUCCAGCACCAGCAGCUCCCGCUGCUCCAGCUCCAGCACCAGCAGCUCCCGCUGCUCCAGCUCCAGCACCAGCAGCUCCCGCUGCCCCAGCUCCAGCUCCAGCACCUGCUGCCCCAGCUCCAGCACCAGCAGCUCCAGCUGCCCCAGCUCCAGCACCUGCUGCCCCAGCUCCAGCUCCAGCACCUGCUGCCCCAGCUCCAGCUCCAGCACCUGCUGCCCCAGCUGCUCCAGCUCCAGCACCAGCAGCUCCCGCUGCUCCAGCUCCAGCACCAGCAGCUCCCGCUGCUCCAGCUCCAGCACCAGCAGCUCCCGCUGCUCCAGCUCCAGCACCAGCAGCUCCCGCUGCUCCAGCUCCAGCACCAGCAGCUCCCGCUGCUCCAGCUCCAGCACCAGCAGCUCCCGCUGCUCCAGCUCCAGCACCAGCAGCUCCCGCUGCUGCAGCUCCAGCACCAGCAGCUCCCGCUGCUCCAGCUGCCCCAGCUCCAGCUCCAGCACCUGCUGCCCCAGCUCCAGCACCUGCUGCCCCAGCUCCAGCACCUGCUGCCCCAGCUCCAGCUCCAGCACCUGCUGCUCCAGCACCUGCUGCCCCAGCUCCAGCUCCAGCACCUGCUGCCCCAGCUCCAGCUCCAGCACCUGCUGCCCCAGCACCUGCUGCCCCAGCUCCAGCUCCAGCACCUGCUGCCCCAGCUCCAGCUCCAGCACCUGCUGCCCCAGCUCCAGCUCCAGCACCUGCUGCCCCAGCUCCAGCUCCAGCACCUGCUGCCCCAGCUCCAGCUCCAGCACCUGCUGCCCCAGCUCCAGCACCUGCUGCCCCAGCUCCAGCUCCAGCACCAGCAGCUCCCGCUGCUUCAGCUCCAGCUCCAGCACCAGCAGCUCCCGCUGCUUCAGCUCCAGCUCCAGCACCAGCAGCUCCCGCUGCUUCAGCUCCAGCUCCAGCACCAGCAGCUCCCGCUGCUUCAGCUCCAGCACCAGCAGCUCCCGCUGCUUCAGCACCUGCUGCCCCAGCUCCAGCUCCAGCACCUGCUGCCCCAGCUCCAGCUCCUGCUGCCCCAGCUCCAGCACCUGCUGCCCCAGCUUCAGCUCCAGCGCCAGCAGCUCCCGCUGCUUAAGCUCCAGCGCCAGCAGCUGCCCCAGCUUCAGCUCCAGCGCCAGCAGCUGCCCCAGCUUCAGCUCCAGCGCCAGCAGCUGCCCCAGCUUCAGCUCCAGCGCCAGCAGCUCCCGCUGCUUAAGCUCCAGCGCCAGC